AAGUUUCAGUUAAUAAGGUGAAAUUUGCUUCAGGCUUCCAUAUAAACUGCACCCAUUCCGAUCCAAUUAUCACUUGAAAAGAUUUUGGCUUCAGCAUAAAUCAUAAAAUCCAUACGCAUCAGAAUCAGACUCAUAGCACCAGUUGCACUGCUGGGGUCUCCUUCGGCUACUCAACCUGGGAAGUGGGAAUUUAGCAGAGACAGUGCAGUGUCUUUGUUUUCGUCGCACAGCAACUGUUUUUGGCGAUGAAGGAUCAGUUGUCCUUGCUUCCGAUUUGGAUUACUUUAUUGGCGUCGUUAUCAGCCGUUGUUUGCGCAUCAGACGGCGUAGGAGAAUGGCAGAUCCUCACCGAACGAAACUUCUCUUCUCAGAUCCGUCUCCACCCUCACACCCUCCUCCUUGUCACUGUUCCAUGGUGCGGCGAGUCUCGGUCGCUUAUGAGGCAAGUGUCUCGGUUAGUCACCGACAAGUCGAAGGAGUUUGACUCUUUGAAAUUGAUGUUUAUUUAUAGAAACACGGAGAAAAUGUUGGCGGAUUCGAUUGGUGCUUCAGAGGGAAUAACGGGUUUUUACUAUCAUCACUCCGGAUCUUACAAAUACCAAGGAAAGCUUCGAGCUCGAAAUAUAUUAAACUCUAUUUAUCCUUAUAUAUCGGCUUCACCCGAAGAACUUCCUUUAAAGCCGCUUAAUUCUCAGGAGGAGUUGAAAGUGUUUCUCGAAUCAACUGACAAAGCUUUAAUUUUGGCGGAAUUUUGUGGUUGGGCUCCCAGGUUACUGGCUAAGGUCAAGAACAAUGGAACUGGAAAUUAUUUGACGCCUAAUGGAAUGGAAAAUGGGAACCUGAAAUGUGUUGUUGAAAAUGGGAUUGCUGGAAUUCCUUGGAUUACCGGGUUUAGCUUGGUAAAUGACAGUGGAUCUUUCCUGGAGAGUGAGAAUUUGAGACAUGGUCUUGGAUUGAGCUGUACCUUGAAAGAGUUUAAGCAAUUUGAUUCAUUUUUCUCGAAGUUGAUUGCCGUUAGAAGAGAGUUCUUAAUGCCUCCUGAAAGGUUUAGAUUUGGGUUGGUUUCUGAUAGAUCAUUGAUGUCAUCUCUUGGUGUUGAAGAUUCUGGUACAUGGAUGGCAGUGCUUUACUUCAAAGGAUGUCCUGGUUGUUCAAAAGUUAUUAAAGAUGGGGAUAAACUCAAGAGUGCUUUUCUGACAGACGAUUCGGUUGUUCGUGAGCUAGAAGUUGAAGGCCAAGAUCUUCAGCUUGCUUUACCUGCAAAUAAGCCAUCAGUAAUCCUUUUUGUAGAUAGAUCUUCUGGCUCAUUAGAAACUAGAAGAAAAAGUAGAGAAGCUCUUGAUGCAUUUAGAGAAGUAGCACUUUGCUAUCAGUUGUUGGAUUGGAUGAGUUCACAAAAUACUGACCAUAAGACGAAUCCUCACUCCGCUUAUAAGGGUACACCUGGACAUUCUAGGCUACAGCUAUCCGAAACUGCUCAGAAGAUUAAGUUAAAGGAUAAGAUGUCUUUCAUGAUUAUAAAUGAGGGUAAACAUGUCACUGUAGAUAAUAUAGCUUCAGAUUUGCAAGGCAAAUCUUUGCAUGAGAUCUUAGCAUAUCUUCUUCAGAGAAAGAAUGAAGCAAAAUUGAGCUCACUUGCUAGGGAAUUAGGCCUUCAUCUUUUAUCGGAUGAUCUUGACAUCAAAAUGGCCCAGGAAUCACCAUCACAAACAGAAGGUCAAUCUAAUGAUGUCUCACCACCACCAUCUCUGGAAGGUCCUUUAGUUGGUAUUGUUGAUCCACACAGUAUACCAAUGGAAAGCAAAUCUGCCAUGCUGCAUGAGGAAAAUCCAAAAUUAAUUGAUGUUGAACCUUUUUCUCCUUACAAUGAAGAUAAGGGAAUUUCUUCCGAUAAAAGUAAACAUUUAAUAUCUAUAGAAACUGAACAACUUUUGGAAGGUCUUGAGCUCAAUAUAGCUGGGGAUUUGAAGGCAAAAGAGAAAAUUUCUUCAGAGAUAGACAAGUCAGGAGAACAAGAACUUCAGUUUCAAGGGUUUAAGGGUUCUUUUUUCUUAUGUGAUGAUAACUAUCGACUACUUAGAUCUUUGACUGGUGGGUCUUCAAUUCCUUCAUUGGUUUUAGUUGAUCCUAGGUCCCAGCACCAUUAUGUCUAUCCUGAUGAGGCAAUUUUCAGUUAUUUUUCGCUUGCUAAUUUUCUUCAUGAAUAUCUUAAUGGAAGUCUUGUUCCCUAUCAACGCUCUGCGCCCAUUCUUCACAGCCCAAGGGAGGCUACUUCUCCGCCAUUUGUUAAUCAGGAUUUUCAUGAAAUGGAUUCUAUCCCUCGAGUUACGAUGCAUACCAUGUCCAAGCUUGUUUUUGGUUUUAACCAAUCUAACAGUGGAAAUGCUGCCCAUGCUCGCAAUGAGGAUGUUGUGGUACUUUUUAGUAGUAAUUGGUGUGGCUUUUGCCAAAGAAUGGAGUUGGUUGUUCGUGAAGUAUAUCGGGCUAUAAGGGGUUACAUGGAAAUGAUGAAGAGCAUCUCUGGGAAAGAGCAAGCAGUGUUUAAUGCUGAGAACUCUAUGAGUAAUAUGAAACUUCCACUCAUCUACUUGAUGGAUUGCACAUUGAAUGACUGCAGUUUAAUCCUAAAAUCAGUAAACAAGAGGGAAGUUUAUCCUUCUCUGAUGAUAUUCCCAGCUGAAACUGAAACAGCUGUCUCUUACGAAGGAGAUAUGUCUGUGGCUAAUAUAAUCAAGUUUAUAGCUGAUCAUGGACAUAAUUCUCGUCAUCUUUUCAGUGAGAAAGGAAUUUUAUUGACCACCGCUGAAGGAGGAGGAGGAAUCAAGGUUUACUCAUGGAUUCAUCUGGAGUUGCGGCCCAUGAGGAAGGUCCAUCUGCAAGACAAAUUCCAUGAAGUUAUAUUGAAAAACCAGAACCCAAAAAGAGUUGCUAAAUACAAUGGGGGCAAGUCUAGAUCCCCCAUAUCAACUGGUACUCGCUCACAUAAAGCCACAUCUAAGGUGGUUGUUGGUUCUAUCCUUAUGGCCACUGAUAAACUUCUCAGUGUCAUCGCAUUUGAUAAGUCAAGGAUUAUCAUUGUGAAGGCAGAAGAAGACACUGGAUUUCUGGGUUUGAUCUUUAACAAGCAAAUCAGAUGGGACAAUUUAGAUGAACUUGAAGAAGGCUUCGAAUUCCUGAAGGAGGCUCCUCUGUCUUUUGGAGGCCCAGUUUUAAGACGUGGAAUGCCCUUUGUUGCUUUAACUAGGAGAGUUAGUGAAAAUCAGUAUCUAGAAGUCCUUCCCGGCAUCUAUUUUCUUGAUCAAUUGGCCACAGUUGCUAAUAUUGAAGAGUUAAAGGCUGGAAAUCAAUCUAUCAAUGACUACUGGUUUUUCUUUGGCUACACGAGUUGGGGCUGGCACCAACUGUUUGAUGAAAUUGGUGAAGGUGCUUGGACUAUAAGCAAUGACAAUAAGAGUUUAGAUUGGCCGGCGAAUUGACUACUUUGCUUCUCAAUGUACCUGGACAGGAAGUGGAAAAAGAGUAGUCAACCUUGCCAAGAGGACUAGAAGGAGGUCAGCUUAUGUGACCUGUCUGGACAGGAAGUGGAAAAUGAGUGGUCAACCUUACCAAGAGGACUACAGAGAGGCUCAGCUUCUGGACCUGUUUCAAUCGAAAACAUUUCACUGAGCUUGUACAUAUAAGAUUUUGUAGUUACACUUAGUGACUAACAACGAGUUUCAGGUAAAAACAUGGGAUGCCCGCGCAAAAUUUUUUAUGAAUUUUUGGCUUCAUUUAUAAAGGGUAAGAGAUGAAAGGCUUUUCUAUAUUUUGCAAUCUACUACUCAUAAUUGUAUUGUCAGAGUUGUAUGUGAGCACAAUUCAUGUUACCUAUCUUUAGGGCCUUUGUAUGGUUCAUAUUUGUAGAGUAGUGGUUAUGGAAAUGCAUUCUUUUUUAGUGCAUUGCAAUUUGCAUUGAGUAACAAUAUGGUUGUCCGUGGAGUCUUCAAUGCUGCCGAGUGUUGUUUGUAAGUAUAUUUAUCUUGCUUCUUCAG